AUGUUUUUUAGGUGGAAUUACUUUUUCCUUUAUGACGGCUCAAAAGUGAAGGAGGAAGGGGACCCCACAAGUGCUGGCAUCUGUUAUUUUUACCCUCCCCAGACCCUCCCAGAGCAGCAGGAGCUGCUGUGUGGGCAGAUGGCCGGGGUUGUUCGCUGCCUCACCGAGAUCUCCGGGGCCCCUCCCAGCCUGGUCCGCCUCAGGAAGCUCAAGUUUGCCGUGCUGGUGGAUGGAGACUUUCUGUGGGUUCUGGGCUGUGCCGUGGAGCUGCCUGACGUGAGCUGCCGGCGGCUCCUGGAGCAGCUCAUCGGCCUCUUCACCUUCUACCACGGCCCCGUGCGGGCUGCAUACACGGCGUUUUCCCAGGAGGAGCUGAGCAGGGAGUGGGACAGGUACGUUGAACACAUCCAAAAAAACACCAGCGACCUCCACAGGAUUUUCAAUUCUCUCUGGCAUCUGGACAAAACCAAGGUGGAUCCCCUGCUUUUGCUGAAGGCAGCUCUCAUCCUGCAGACGUGCCAGCGCUCUCCCCAUGUCCUGGCAGGCUGCAUCCUCUACAAAGGCUUGAUUGUGAGCACCCAGCUGCCACCUCCCCUCACUGCCAAAGUCCUCCUGCAGGGCAGCGAGUCCCCAGGCCAGAGUGAGCCUGGAGCUGAGGAGCUGCAAGAGCCUGAGCCUCUGCUGCCGCCGGGCGUGCGGGUCCUGCCGGUGUUCCUCACGGCACAGGAGGUCUCUGCUCUCAGGGACUUCCCCGUGGAGUGGAUGGCCAGGUCACCCAUGUCCCCAGCAGGCCCCAGAGGAGAGGAGAAUGCUCUCAGCUCCCAGGCAGUUCCAGAAUCAACAGGAGCUCAUGGAAACCAAGCCAUGGAUGGAAUCUCUGUGCAGGAGUCCCAUGAGGACCCUUCAGGCACACCUGCCCCAGGAGAUGCUGUGCAGUUGGGCAGCCCUGCAAGUCCUGUGAUGGACUAUUCUGGAAUGGGAGCUGGCACAAGGAAUUCUCCAGCUGCAAACCUGAGUGGAGCAGACGGUGAAAGCUCAGAGCUCAGCAGGAAAACAUCCUUCCCCUCAGAGAGUGACACAGAGCAGCUCCCAAGCCCCUCCUCACUCCAGACUGAAUGUACUUGGACUACAGGUCCAUACCUGGAAGGCUUUUCCUUUCCCAACCCUUACUCCUGGGAGCAGGAGAGCCAGGACAAGGGGGAAUCCCCUGUGGAUUCUGAUACUGGUCACUGUGCUUCCCAAAAUUCCCUUUCAGUCAGCCACAGUCCGGCUGUUCCCUCUCCUGCCCAGGAGCUGAGCAGAAGAAAAUCCAGUGAGCAGGACAAGCCAUGGACUGUGAGCCAGGAGCGUGUGUCUGGGGGAAGUGACAGCACGGCUGGUGACCCCGUGUGGGGCUUGGAUUGUCCAGGCCCCGCUGGACAAGCAGAGCUCCUCAGUGGGAGGCAGCCACUGGUCCCAGAGCUUCAGGAGGCUCUGCCCAGUGCCCCUGCAGGGGACAGGCCGUGUCCCAGCAGCAGGGCAGGCAGCUGGGACAGGCUGGGUGGCAGAGGGGCUGAGCCAGCCCAGCUGAGCCUCUACGUUCACUGCAUCCAGGGCUUGGUGCUGUCGCUGCUGGCUGAGGAGCAGCUGCGCCGGGACCGCGGCGCCGUGGAGGACGUGUACCACAGCAGCCUGGCCUCCCUAAAUGGCCUCGAGGUUCACCUGAGGGAGACCCUGCCCAAGGACUCCUCGGCCUCAGCCAGGACAAACUACAGCUUCACUCACUAUGACUGUGUCCAGAACGUCCUCACGGCCAACUUGCCCCACACCCCGGGGCCCCUGGACCGGCACUUCCUGAGGGCGGCCACACUCAUCCACUCCGACUUCAGCCAGCUCCCCACGGCCUCAGAAGUGAUCAUCAGGAACGCCUCCACAGCCGUGUAUGCCUGCCGGAAUCCUGUCCAGGAGACCUACUUCCAGCAGCUGGGAGCUCCACUCCGCAACUCAGGCGUCCCCAACCCGCAUGACAGCGCCUUCAGCCUGCCCAGCAAGGCCAAGCAGAAGCUGCUGAAGCAUGGGGUGAACUUGCUGUGAGCUGCUGUGCUCAGAUAACGGCUCAGCCCUGCAGAAUGUUCAUCUCCAGUAAGGAAAAUCUCAGCUCUUUGUGCCCACACAGGCACGAGGCCCUGCCCUGCCUCUGUGGGGUCUCCAGCCUGCCUGGCCCUGAGGAAGGGACACUCCUUGCCCUGUCCUGCAGCACAUUUUGGGCCGGUGCAGGUGUCACUGACAGCAUUUACCAAAGACUGAGGACAGAACGCAGCAUCUUGGGGCUCUUGGUUUACAUGGACUUUACAGGGGCUCUCUUGGUGCUCUGCAGACCCCCCUCGUGCCUUGAUCUGAGGUAAAACCUCACCUUGCUCUGAGGUACACAGCUCCCAGGCACUGCUGGCUUUCAGAGAUGUCAGUCAGCCACUGUCUGUGCCUGCACUUGUCCUGGUCAGACUUUGGCUUUAUAUCUGUCCCUUAAUCCAUGGGAAUGAUCCUUUCAUGACGUUGUGCCUUACCUUGGUUAGCAGUGCCUGCCUGUUGUCACACGGGAGCAGAACAAGAGCUGCAGAGCUCACAACCCCCCUUUGGGUGCUCCCAGGAGGUUUUUAUGCCACAGGUGACUCCGGAGAGAUGUCCCUGUCCCUCCACACCUCCCUAGUCAGUGAUGGUCCAGCCCAGCCCUGCCUUCCUUGUGCCCACAAGGAGGAUGUGCAGCCUCCCAGGGGCUGGGUGGUGGUGUGAGUGUCCUUCAGCCUGUGCUUCCUCCCUCCUGCUGCAGGACCUCACUUCACUCCUCUUACUGCUCCAUUUGCCCACACUCUGCAGAGCCCGAAGUUGCCUCUUAGCUGAUGGGACCAAAGAGGUUUUGUACCCCCUCAGCAGCUGUCCCCUUUCUGCUCUGACAGUGUCCCCAGUCAGUGGUGGCUGCGGGGGCCCGUGGUGGUGGCUGCUUACACUGAGGAUGGAUAGCUGUGUUUGGCUGGGUUUGGAACCUGCUGCUGGUGCAGACGCACCCCUCGGUGUGGCUGUGGCAAUAAAGGAGUCUCCCAGGCUCUCCCAGCACUGUGUGUCAGCAGCCAGAGUGAUGUUGUUGUCGUGUUUGUGGUUCCUGGUGUGAUGGGCUGGGCUGUGGGAGCUGUUCCCUGUUCGCCUCCUCCAAGGGUGGUUCCUGCAGUGCUGGGGUUGAACAGGCAGAGCCUGUUGGUUCAAUCACUUCCUGCAGAGCAGCUGCUUGGAAGCUUCCCGAUGGAUAGAUGUGUGACUGGUGUCACAAGAGAUGGUGAGCAGAGACAUGAACGUGGGGAGGUGCUGAGCAGGCUCGUGCUAAAACCAGAGCUGGGCACGGGAAGGUCACCACUGCCACAGCUUCUGCUCCCACUCCAGCACAGACAGUUCCCAAGGUUGCUCUGUCAUCCCAGGGCUGCUCCACAGACAUUACUGGGAAGUUCAGAGGACUCCAGAGGACAAGCCAGCUGCUUGCUCAGGGGUGGCUGGGCACAGAUGCCACCUGGCUGGCAGCCCUGGCAGCUGAGGAGGUGUUUCAGCAGGAGCAGAGUCGUGUGGCACUGCUCCCAUCCUGGGCACGGAAGGACUGUCAGGAGCCUGUUGGCAGCGUAGGAGUGAAAGCUCCAUGGGAAGCCUGAGCUGGAGCCACCCUGGUGACCUCCUGUUUCAGUGGCAUCCAUGUGGAAGAUGGCACAAGGUAAGGUGCUGCUUCCCUGGUGACUUCCCUGCACAGAUCCACUGGGUAUGGACAAACUGCUCUGGUUCUGGAGGGAGCUCAGGGAACAUUGUGAGGAAGAUCAGGGAGGUUUUGCAGGGUGGGAGAAGGCAGGAGGGAUGAGGGUUGUGUACUCUGGGAUCCCUGCUCAGCUGAGCCAAGUGACUCCUCUGGGAGAUGCUGCUCUGCCUGUCCCUUCUGUGCCCUCAGCAGAUCUGGAUUCCCUCUGCAAUUCCCAGGAGAGGAAGCCUUGGAGCACCAGGAGCAGCUCCAGCCUGCUCUGCUCCUCGGGGAGAUCCACUUAGAACCUGCCUGGGCGCUUGGGAAGUGGUUGUGUGCUCUAGCAGGAAACACAGAGAAGUGGAAGGAAAAGCCUGAGAGGGACAGGAGGGAGAAUUGGCACAGCAGCAAAGCACAAACCGGAUGGAUGCUCCUGCCUGCUGCCGUCAGGGAUCCUGCGCUGCAAUCUGCUCAGCCGUCUGCCAGCCAGGAACAGCUGGGCUGGCUCUGCUCCUUCAGCUGCUCGGGCUGAAUCUGCCCACCCAGCCCCUGCCUGCCCACCCGGCCCUGUGCUGGUCAGGAGGGAACAGCACACAGAGCUCCUGGCCCGCAGGGCAAUGGCUGUGCUGGAGAGGAUCCUUAAAAAUAGGGCAUUUUGACCAUCAGGGAUGAGGAGCAGCUGGGCCUGUCUGAGUGCUGCCAGGGGGGCUCGUGGGGAGCAAUUCCUGCCCUGCCAAG